AUGUUACAGAGAACCCAAUUCCUGAAAAGGAUACUUACUUUAAAUCGUCUGAAUAGGAUACAAUUGAGAUGCAGCUCGACGGGAACAACAAGUGAUGAGGUUUCGCACUUUGAAUCAUUGGCAUCAACAUGGUGGGAUGUUAAUGGAUCUCAAGCAAUUCUCCAUAGAAUGAAUCUGGCCAGACUAGAUUUUGUGCAGAGAAUAAUCAGAAAUUCAAUAGCAUUGAAUGAGGAACCGACAAAGGCAUCUCAAGAUGAUGUUUACAUUCCCGGUUACAAUUACAAAGCUUUCUUUCCGAAGGAAGUCUCAAAUGCAGUUUCACAAGAUAUAAGAAUGACUGCAUCUUCUAAGUUACAGAAAAUGAAAUUGAAUGUAUUAGAUGUCGGAUGCGGUGGCGGCAUCCUUUCAGAAUCAAUGGGUAGACUACCAUUUAUUAAACAUGUCACUGGUAUAGACCUAGCCCCUGACUGUAUUACAGUGGCCAAGAGCCACGCUAGAUCAGAUCCUUUACUCCAGGGGAAAGUCUCUUAUCAUGUAAAGUCCUUAGAGAAUGUUAAGGGUAAAUUUGAUAUUGUCACCUGUUUCGAAAUGUUGGAACAUGUGGACCACCCAGAAGCAAUUUUGAACCAUGCAUGGAAAAGACUAAAUAAGGAAGGAAUUCUAUUUAUAAGUACAAUCAAUAAAGACCUUGUCUCGUGGUUUACCACGAUAUUUGUUGCUGAAAAUAUUCUAGGCAUAGUGCCCAGAGGGACCCAUCAUCUAAGUAAAUAUGUGAAUUCCAAAGAUAUUGUCCAAUGGUUCCAGAAGAAUGAAGGAAGCAAAUACGAACUACUGGAUUUGAAAGGAACGAUGUUUAUUCCAAUCAAAGGUUGGGUGGAACACGAUUGUCCAAAUGUCGGAAACUAUAUUAUGGCCAUAAGGAAAGAAUAA